GAACAAACAGUGUUAUCGGUUCACCGACUAAAAUAAUGAAUUUUUCACGUCAUCCACGCUGUCUGACAUAAAAUAUUAGUUAUUUAAAGUAGAAGGAUUGCUAAUUGUGCCGGAUAGUGGUCUCCGACAGACAAACACAUAUACAUUUGCAUAUGUAGAUAUACACACGCAUACACGCGUACCUACAUACACUAAAAAUUUUUGGCAAAUAAUUGAAAUCGUAUGUAAAAUGUGCGUUUGUGCGUAAACCGAUCUAUAAAUUGAAUCACGCUUAUGUAUUGCAACAUUCAAAGUAAAGUGAACGCCGUCCACCGUCAAUUGGCUCUCUCUUGCUUAUUACGUCGACUGCCUCAACAAAUUUUUGUUACACACUGCAAAGAAAUACCCCUAACACAAAGGCUUUCAAUUGCAACAUCUAGCAGGUCCCAUAGGGGGCCGCCUCAAUAUCAGCUCAAGCAACCUCUUCAGCUCAGCCAGUUUUAUAACAUAAACCUUGCUGCGUGGACCCAUCCAAAUACAACCGACUCUUCUGAAGAACUCACAACUGAAGCGUUUUCGGAAGAGGAUCGUCAAAGGAACAAUAAGGCGGCGGAGAUGACAUUACCAAGCGCCGCUCGCGUCUACACAGACGUCAACGCUCACAAGCCUGAUGAAUAUUGGGAUUAUGAGAAUUACGUUGUCGACUGGGGAAACCAGGAUGAUUAUCAAUUGGUCCGCAAGUUGGGGCGUGGCAAGUACUCCGAGGUGUUCGAGGCUAUCAAUAUAACGACAACUGAGAAAUGUGUUGUGAAAAUAUUGAAGCCAGUUAAAAAAAAGAAGAUUAAGCGCGAAAUCAAGAUUUUGGAAAACUUGCGUGGGGGCACCAACAUAAUAACGCUCUUGGCCGUUGUCAAAGAUCCAGUGUCCCGCACCCCAGCACUGAUUUUCGAGCAUGUGAACAAUACAGACUUCAAACAGCUGUAUCAAACAUUAACAGACUAUGAGAUUCGCUAUUAUCUGUUUGAGUUACUUAAAGCACUCGAUUAUUGCCAUAGCAUGGGCAUAAUGCAUCGCGAUGUGAAGCCACAUAACGUAAUGAUAGAUCAUGAAAAUAGAAAGUUACGUCUCAUUGAUUGGGGACUUGCUGAAUUCUAUCAUCCGGGUCAAGAGUAUAAUGUCAGAGUGGCUUCGCGCUACUUUAAAGGACCCGAGCUUCUUGUUGAUUAUCAAAUGUACGAUUAUUCACUGGACAUGUGGUCGCUGGGAUGUAUGUUGGCGUCAAUGAUCUUUCGCAAGGAGCCAUUCUUCCAUGGUCAUGAUAACUAUGAUCAACUCGUUAGAAUUGCCAAGGUGCUGGGCACCGAAGAACUGUACGCGUAUCUUGACAAGUACAACAUCGAUUUAGAUCCGCGAUUUCACGAUAUUUUACAACGUCAUUCCCGCAAGCGUUGGGAACGUUUUGUUCAUUCUGAUAAUCAACAUCUGGUUUCACCAGAAGCAUUAGACUUUCUCGAUAAGCUAUUGCGUUAUGAUCACGUGGAUCGUCUUACAGCUCGCGAGGCUAUGGCGCAUCCAUAUUUUUUGCCAAUUGUUAACGGGCAGGUGAAUCCCAACAGCCAGCAAUAGACAUGGAUUUAUAUUGUAAAUUAUACAAACUUAUGUCGAAGCAGCACGGUAAAAGUUACAAGGACGGAUACGAGCACAUUGAAAAGGAAAAAUCGUUAUGUGCUAAGGAUAAAAAGAUUAAUUAAGAUCAAAUUCAAUAAAGAAAAAUCGCAUCGACUAACAGUUCGGAAACAUAACACCGAUUUCACACAAAAUAGAUCAAUAGAAAUGUUAUAAUGAAAGGCAGAUUAUUCAAAUUAUAGUUUUUGAAAUACGAACAGACAGUGAUUAAAAAAGUACUAAUUUCCAUAUACAAUUUAAAUAUUUCUGUUUACAAAUUCAUACAUGCACAUGCUUAAAAAUUAACAUCAAGCAACAUUAUAAUUAACAUAUAUUUAUACCAAUAAUUAUAAAUAUAAUCCAAUAAAUCUCCAUUUCUUACAAAAUCGUUCAAGCUCUUACAGUACGGACAUUGACCUCUUGGGGUCCAGUAACGUUAAUGGAGCUACCAUCGCUCAGGCCGCUAGCCAACAAUAAUCAGCACCGGCAUGGCGGUCUCCUUUGAACUGAAAUAAACUAAGAACGGUAUAGAAUAUUCAGCAAUUCAUAAUCGCAGAUAACGUCAGAGUCACACAUAUAGAUAUUUUGUAAACCGAAAUACUUUAGUUUUGAUGAACCUAUCGUUUGUUUUUCCAAAAGCACCUUGAAGAGGGGCAUUAAAAAGUAAUCGUUCACAAUGUAGUAUAAACACAUAACUAUAAUGAA